UUCUACCUAUACUAGUUAUCGUCAGAUAUUUGUAUUAGGUAUUCAUAAUUAUUGUAUUAUUAUUAUUAGGCACUUACAAUCUAAAUUUUCAGAAUCAUAGAAAACGGAGCAUGGACAGUCGACGAUCCUCAUUUUUUAGAAAAUUUACAAACAUGCGUACUGUAAACGCAAAUUCAAAAGAAUCAUCGCCUAAGCCAAAUGUUGUUCGUAGACUAUUUGCCAAAGACGAAAGCGAUAUUGGGUCAGACUCCGAACAGGAUAGUUUCGUCACAAAUUUACGGCAUCCACGCAAUGAAGAAUAUAAAAUUUUGGAGAUACUCCCAACAAAAGACGGUAUGAUGAAAGAAGCUGGUUUUUCACAACAAGGAUUGGAUUUAUCGCAAUUUAUACAUCCGAAUUCAUCAGAAAUAGAAGACUGUACUUUUCAAGAAGGGGUAUCCUUAGUCCAAAAAAACUAUCCCACUCAAAUAACGAACUCACAAACAAGGGAUUUAGAACGGGCAGAAAUAUUCAAUCAUAAAGAUUAUCCUCUUGAAACAGGAGAACACGCUCAGAAAGGAAGAUCCUUCACCCAAGACAUACAUUCUACACAGCCAUUAUUCUCACAAACAGGCGAUUUAGCACAGGCAGAAAUAUGCAUCGAUCCGAAUAAUCCACUAGAAGACCACACUCAUAAAGAAACAUUUUUUGCUCAAGACAUACAUUUUACACAGGCAUCAAUCUCACAAACAUGCGAUUUGAUACAGGCAGAAACAUACAUACAUCAAGAUAAUCUACUACCAAUAGAAGAUCAUGCUCAGGAAGGAACAUCCUUCGUCAAUAACAUACAUUCUAAACAGGCACCAAUCCCAUUCAAAAGUCAUUUCACACAGUCAAACACGUUCAUAGAGCCGACCAUAAAUCAUUCAUUAACAGUAAUUUCGCGAUUCGACGACAAUUUGGAAGAAGACGAAGCUGGUAAAAGAAAAGUAUAUGAAGAUAAUCAACAAGCAAGCACAUCUUUUGGAUCUCCAUCUUCUGAACUAUGUUUGAAGCAACCAUAUAAAAAACGAAGAUUAUACGAGCAUCUUAAGGAAAUGGACAUUUGUAUACAGCAAAUUAGGGAUGAAACUGCUUCUACUGAAAACUUAAACAACGCAACUAUAGUUAUUAAUAUUGAACCAGAAGAAAACAAAAAUGAUUCGAGCACUGGACAGGAUUCAACAGAAUCAAAUGAUACAGACCGUGUUAAUGAAAAAAAGAAGCGUUUAAAGAAGAAACGUAAAACAAAGAAGUUGAAUAAUUUUGACGAUACAAAAGAAAAUUCAGAGCCGAAAAAAAAAGAGCGAAAGAUUAAUAAAAACAAAGUUAGAAAACAAUUAAGAAAUAGUGGAACGCAGUAUGUAUCUAUAACUGGCAAAGUUGUUGCAGAGAAGAAAGCUGCAUACGGCUCAUCUAAAGACGAUUUACGGGGAAAGCAUGUUCCAGCAAAUAAAACACCAGAGAUCAUUGUAGAGGAAACAAGGAAUUACAUUAAAAGUUUACCAUAUUUACCGUCUCAUUAUUGCCGCAAAAACUCAAAACGAUUUUAUCUGCCUCAAGAAUUUCGAAAUAUGAGUAAUUUGUAUAAAAUUUACAAAGAAUCUAUGAUACGCGAAGAUAAAAGAUUAAUAGGAGAAAGAGUUUUUCAGAAGAUAUUUCAAGAAUAUAAUAUUGGUUUUCAUAUACCUCGUAAAGACAAGACAAACAAACAAGACAAAUGUGCUAAGUGUGUGCGUUUCGAAAAAGAAAAAGGAGAAAAAGAAGAAGAGAAAUUGGCUCAUCUGAAAGACAAAGAGGAGACUUAUGAAAGAUUUCAAGCGCAUCAGAAAAUUCAAAAUGGAAACAUACUUUGCGUAUCUUUUGAUUUACAGAAAGUUCUGAAUACGCCGUAUGGCCAAAGUAUGUUACUGUAUUACAGUCGCAAAUUGGCUGUAUAUAAUCUAACUUUUUACGAAUCUGGAACUAGAGAAGGCUACUGUUACACUUGGACGGAAACAGAAGGAAAACGCGGAGCUAACGAAGUGUGCACUGUCUUAGAAAAAUACAUCAAGAUGGUGGACGGUCGUGGCUCUAUCAAACAUCUUCUGUUUUACAGUGAUGCCUGCCCCGGACAAAAUAAAAACAAAAUCGUCCUUGCUUGUAUCCAUAUUUGUCUACAAAAAUGCAAGAAUAUAACUAGCAUCCAAAUGAAUUAUCUCUUGCCCGGACACACUUAUAUGCCAGUGGACUCAAUGCAUUCUGUUAUAGAAAAAAGUGUUACAAACACAAUUGUUUGGGCACCAUCUCAAUGGCCGACAGUGUUUAAUUUAGCCCGAAAGAAUCCUAAGCCCUAUCAUGUGAAUGUCUUAACAUUUAAGGAUUUUUGCGGCUGGGAUAUUGUCGCAGAUAAAUACUUUAAGGGAAAUCUGACGGGAAAAAUAUCGAAAGUGCGUACAGCGACAUUUAAAAAAGCUGAACCACAGAAGAUGACAGUUAAAUAUACAAUGGCGACGGAUGAAGCAAAGGAAAACAUUGAAAUAAUUAAUAAAAACAAAAAUCUACAACCGAAAAAUAUUUACAAGAGUCGCCUACCUAUAUCAAAAAAGAAAUACGAAGAUUUAUGGAAACUUUGUACAACAAAAAUAAUUCCUGAAAACUACCAUCAAGAAUAUGCAAAUUUUCCAAAUGCCAUGAAUAUCCAGGACAGCCUUCAAGAAACGGAUGUCGAAGACAACGUUUAAUUACAAAAAAUGGCAACAAAUUAAAAUUCUAAUUAUUAUUAAGUUAAAUAAUAUUUUUUAUACCUAAAAUUUUAUAACUAUGAUUAUUUCAAAAUACUACAUAAAUACAUAUUCUUCAUACGGGUAUGAAGGAUCUAAUUAUGCAUCCUAAUUGAUUGAUCUUUUCGUAAAUGAUACCAAAUAAAGCUAACAUUUGUGAUUA